AUGGCAGGAGCAAGCGGAGGAAGAGACUUAGAGGAAACGCCUACAUGGGCCGUUGCCUUUGUUUGUUUUGUUUUGAUCUUAAUCUCUAUAAUCAUCGAGCACAUCAUCCAUCUCAUUGGAAAGUGGUUGAAGAAGAAGCACAAAAGAGCUCUGUAUGAGUCACUUGAAAAGAUCAAAUCAGAGCUUAUGUUGUUGGGGUUCAUAUCGUUCCUCCUAACGGUAGGACAAGGUCCAAUAUCAAGGACAUGUAUAUCAGAAAAAGUUGCAAGGACAUGGCACCCCUGCAGCAAUGAGGAAGAGACCAGAGACUCGUCAAAUGAAGAAUCAGAAAAAGAAAUCACUGGUCGCAGAUUACUUGCCGCGUUCUUUGGUUCGUAUGAGGAAAUUCCUCGACGUGUUUUGGCGGAAGGAGGAAGCGACAAAUGUCCCGAGGGUAAAGUCCCGUUUGUGUCAUCGGAAGGUAUUCAUCAACUCCAUACAUUUAUCUUCGUGCUGGCUAUUUUUCAUGUCCUUUACUCUGUUCUCACUAUGGCUCUAGGAAGAUUAAAGAUGAAAAGGUGGAAGCGAUGGGAAGAGGAAACCAAGACAGCUGAGUAUCAAUUUUCAAACGAUCCCGAGCGGUUCAGAUUAGCGAGGCAGACGUCGUUUGGGAGAAGACACUUGAGUUUCUGGACCAAAAAUUCUGUCCUUAUUUGGAUUGUUUGUUUCUUUAGGCAGUUUGUACGGUCAGUUCCUAAAGUGGAUUACUUGACCUUGAGACAUGGAUUUAUCAUGGCACAUUUGGCUCCUCAAAGUCACUCGAAGUUUGAUUUUCGGAAAUAUAUAAAACGAUCGUUGGAGGAGGAUUUCAAAGUUGUUGUAGGAAUCAGUUCUCCAUUGUGGUUGUUCGCACUGUUGUUUCUCCUCUUUAACACCCAUGGCUGGUACUCUUAUCUAUGGCUACCAUUUAUUCCUUUGUUUAUCAUCCUAUUAGUUGGAACCAAGCUGCAAGUAAUCAUAACCGAAAUGGGACUUGGAAUUCAACAAAGAGGAGUGGUUCUGAAGGGCGUGCCGUUGGUGCAGCCAGGGGAUCACCUGUUCUGGUUUAACCGACCUAGGCUUAUUCUCUACCUCAUCAAUUUUGUGCUCUUUCAGAGUGCUUUCCAGCUUGCUUUUUUUGCAUGGAGUGCGAUUCAAUUUGGUAUUAGAUCCUGUUUUUAUUCGCACACUGAGGAUGUGGUGAUCAGUAUCUCAAUGGGGGUCCUGACUCAAAUUCUCUGCAGCUACGUUACUCUUCCUCUCUUUGCUCUCGUGACACAGAUGGGUUCAACGAUGAAGCCAACAAUAUUCAAUGACAGAGUAGCAGCGGCUCUAAGGAAUUGGCACCAGACCGCGAAGAAGCGCGUGAAACAGAACCGGGGGUCGUUGUCGAUGACACAAAUGUCAAGCAGAUCGACAACCCCGACCCAUCCCAUGUCACCGGUCCAUCUCUUGGCAUACUACCGGUCCGAAAUGGACAGCUUCCCUGCGUCUCCAAGAAUAUCCAACUUCGACUCGCCCUCGGAGACCGAUUCACCCUCUCCUUCCAACUCGCACCAUCACACAUUGGAAAUGGGUUACUUGGCACGUGAUCACCAACAGCGUACCAAUGAACCCACCACCCAGCAUGAGAUUGUUGUUGCACAUGGGAAGGAAUUUUCAUUUGAUAAAAGAACUACUACAAUUGUAGGGAUAGAAAGGUCUGGCCAAAGACUAGAGGAUUGA